UUCUCAACCACACAGACGCAGUGACAUGGCGUCGACAAGCCGCGGAGAUGCUCUGGCCCUUCCCAGAGUUCAGUGUCCUAACCACCCAGAAGCCAUCCUGGUGGAGGACUACAGAGCAGGGGACAUGAUAUGUCCUGAAUGCGGCCUCGUAGUAGGUGACCGUGUAAUUGAUGUGGGCUCAGAGUGGCGGACAUUUUCUAAUGAGAAAGCCCUUAAAGACCCCUCCAGAGUGGGAGACGCCCAGAACCCACUGCUCAAUGGAGGAGACCUCACCACCAUGAUCAGCAAGGGAACUGGUGCAGCUAGUUUUGAUGAGUUUGGAAACUCAAAGUACCAGAACCGGCGAACCAUGAGCAGCUCCGACCGGGCCAUGCUCAACGCCUUUAAAGAGAUCAGCACCAUGGCAGAUCGCAUCAACCUUCCAAGAAACAUCAUAGACAGAACCAACAACCUAUUCAAGCAGGUGUAUGAACAGAAGAGUCUGAAGGGACGAGCCAACGAUGCCAUUGCUUCGGCUUGUCUCUACAUCGCCUGCAGACAAGAAGGUGUACCGAGAACUUUUAAAGAGAUCUGUGCCGUCUCUAGAAUCUCCAAGAAGGAGAUCGGUAGAUGCUUCAAGCUGAUCCUGAAGGCGCUGGAGACCAGCGUGGACCUUAUCACCACGGGAGACUUCAUGUCCCGCUUCUGCUCAAACCUGGGGUUGCCCAAGCAUGUGCAGAUGGCGGCCACAUAUAUCGCCAGGAAGGCCGUGGAGCUGGACCUGGUUCCCGGCAGGAGCCCGAUCUCUGUGGCCGCGGCAGCUAUUUACAUGGCCUCCCAGGCCUCCGCAGAGAAGAAGACCCAGAAAGAAAUCGGAGAUAUCGCCGGGGUCGCAGACGUCACAAUCAGACAGUCGUACCGACUCAUCUACCCAAGAGCUGCGGAACUUUUCCCUACAGACUUCAAAUUCGACACGCCCGUGGACAAGCUGCCUCAGCUGUGAAGACGCUGCCUACUGUUUUUUUCAUGCUUUAAAAAAGAAAAUCAUGUUUGUGUUGAAUUUGGGCGAUUUCUCUUUGUCUCUUCUAAAGACUUCAGGCCCUUUAUCGAGGCGCUCUCACAGGAAUAAGACGGACACAUUCCAGUGCUGAAAGAAACUAGCUUGCAGACUGCACUUACAGGAUUUCAUUUGUGUCUAUAUACUGUACUAUGUAUAUAUGUCCAAGUGGGAAUGUGUAACUUGAUGCUUGCAAAUUUUAAGCUGGUUUCAUACCGUAUACAUAAAAAAUGUUUCUGUAGAAAAAGGACCAGUUUCUAUUUUGUUAGUUUGUUUGAAUUGUUCUAAGUAAUAAAAAAAACAUUAAAAAGCUUUUUCAGUAAAGCAUGGUAAUCCGCUCAUGGUUUAAAUAAUGUUUAAAAAAUUUGUUUACAUAAAAUCCUUCACUUGAUCGAUUAACUGUUGUCGCAGGAAGGAAAACUCAUCUCACAAAGGAUUGAAAAUUAAAUACUAAACAAACA